AUGGAGAACGCUGUAUACGGUCCCCGAGAUCCCUCACUUCUGUAUCUUCAGAAUGAUCAUAGAUCAAGUGCUUUGACAGAGUCUAAUAUGGAUACGAGCAUACGAGUUAGACGAAGUGAUCAUGGGAUAUGGAGUGUCUUUCAUAGGCCGCACAACCCUCAUCCUCAUCCUCGGGUGUUAUGUUAUUUGGUCCAGAUGAAGUUAUAUGGUGUAUAUCGAUGUCGACGUAUGCAAGCAGAUUGGGCUCUUAUCACUGCAUUAGUAGAGAGAUGGCGCCAGGAGACUCACACAUUUCACCUGCGUGUAGGGGAGGUGACAGUCAUCCUACAUGACGUGGCGUUGAUAUACGGACUACCGGUUGACGGACGUCCGGUCAUAGGAGUUGAUACUCAUCGUAGGACUCGUGAGUGGCAGCAGUAUUGUAUGACAUGGCUGGGAUUUGCACCGGAUUCAUCAAAGAUAAAAGGAUCGAAGUUGAGCGUCAAAGCCCUUAGUGAAUAUUUAAUCAAUAAUCCCGUUCUUGAUAAUAGUACAUAUGAGCAUCUUGUUCAUUACACUCGAGGGAUUGCUUUUCUCAUAGUAGGGGGGAUUAUGUGUCCCGAUCACACUGGCGACUCUAUUCCGUUGCUGUAUUUGAGACAUUUAGAAGAUCUUGAUGCUGUCAGUACAUAUAGUUGGGGUAGUUGUACUCUAGCAGUCCUCUACCACGAGUUGUGCAAAGCAUCGAAGAUAUCUGCAAAAGAAAUCAGUGGUCCUGUUCAAUUAUUACAGAUAUGGGCAUGGAUGCGGAUUCCUCCAUCAAGGCCCAUACCUACUCUGGCGAAAUGGGGCACAACACUUGAGUAUGCAGGAUAUGAGUUUCCCGUACCACCUUACGGUGCACGGUGGACCAACCAUGUCAGCUUCAUUGAGACUGGUGCACAUGUUCUUCGUAUAUUUAGGAUGAUGUUGGAUCAGAUGCUCCCAGAUCAGUUUAUAUGGACGCCAUAUGAUCUGGAUGAUCCGGAGUAUCAGUCUGUAGGUGGUGAUUCGACGAUCACAUGUAAUGGUUUAUGGGUAUCGAGAGUCCCCCUGAUAUGCUACGCAAUUGUGGAGAUGCAUCGACUAGACAGAGUAGUACGUCAGUUCGGGAUGGUACAACCCAUACCUGAACCUCCUGAAAAUACUGAGACGGAUUUCCGGAUGCACGUCAAUGCUAACCGUACAGGUGCUACCAACCGAGACUGGAGGCUUACACAUGUUUCGCAUGUUACCGCUUGGGAUAAUAGACUCGAUUAUAUUGUUGAUUAUCCAUAUGCCAGUGACAGUCAGACUACAGAAGAUGGUUAUUUUGAGUGGUAUGAACUGCACACACGUCGUUUCAUAUCACCGAUUACCCCAUCUGAUCGUACAGGAUUUCAGGUUGGAGGUCAGAUUUCAAUGGAUACAGUGAUUCAGCAUCUUCGAUCGUUGAUUGUUUCUGUUGAUGGCGGAGACAUGCCCCGGGAUGGCUAUCGUUCGUAUUUACCGAAUCUCAGAACAUGUCUUAAUGUCUUAGAGUCUCGACACGGACCUUCAGAUAGGCCUCAAUCUGAGAUGCCUUAUACUCAGACUCACUCUCAGACUCAGACUCAGAUACCACUGUCUCAAAUGCCUCAGUCACAGACUCAGAUGUACGCUGGCGAGGCAGGAACUUCUUCUCGUGCAUAUUAUCCGGCAUUCGAUAAUUAUACAGAUCCUAGAGCACACGGGCAUCCAUCUGGUAUGUUUAGUACCUUUGAUUUUAUUUUUAAUACUAUCUACAACUGUGAGUUUAAUUAUAAUCUCGUUGAUGCAGAUCCGUACACCCCAUACCCCUACUUUAAUCCGAAUAUGAAUUCGGAAGACCCAAUUCAUUUGGGGUCUACGCAUCAGUUUUCGUCUUCGCGACCGGUAGAUCAUCAGAUCACACCUAUUCCUUAUUUUGAAUCCGUAAAUUCUUCGAGUGAUGAGGAUGAACAAGUUGGUAGAGGGCACAGGACUAGAAGGCCCCCGAGAUGUGGCACCGGAGGUCACCGUCAUUGGUGA